GAACAACUCGGCUCCCGGGACAGUAGCGCGCAAAGCGCCCGUAACGGAUAGUGAGAAUCGGCAAAAAUUUGUCCGCACAGUAGUAGGUAUUAAUCGUUGCCCAUUCUGUGCUAAAAGGUGUGAUGUUCGAUCUCUGGCUGUGCGAAGCCGGCAGGUGUGUCGUCCAACACAUACUGACACCCCAAACCAAGAUGGUUCGUACACCCGGCAGCCGAAAUGCACAGCGGCGUACGGCAGUUGCUCAGACGGGCUGUGCGGCGGAAGGACAACGAGGAGUCGAUAUCGUAUCGGUGGCACAGUGACGAAAACCCACGUUCGAUCGAUAUAAGUUUCUCCUUUGUCGAUACUUUAAUAAUUACGGAACUCGUGGCAUAUUUAACAUCGGGUCUCGCAGUACCACAAACAUUUGCGGAAAUUGGUUCAUCACUGUAUCUACUGCUCUAGAGUCUUUGCAGUCAGUGCGUCAGCGACAUGGUUCCAGCACGUGUGGUGCUAUACUUCCUGUCAUUCUCUGGCUUCCUGGUGAGCUUCAUGAUGCGCACUGACAUCAACAUCGCCAUUGUGGCCAUGGUGCGCAUCCCGCCACCUUCCACCAAUGCCAGCAAUGCAGAUGCCCUCUACUGCUAUGACCCAGCUGCCACAUCCGAGGCCACUGCCAAUGACUCACUCUCUACUGCUGCAGAGACACCUCCGGAUGAAGGUGAGUUUGAUUGGGAUCUGCGAACACAGUCAGCAAUCUUAGGAUCAUUCUACUGGUGCUACAUCCUCUCACAAGUGGUGGGUGGUGUGCUGACACAACACUUUGGCACAAAGACGGUAUUUGGAAUGUCACAGCUUACAACUGCUGUCUGCUCACUGCUCAUACCAGCAGCUGCAUCUGUACACUACUCGCUGAUAAUUGUGCUGAGAUCUAUACAGGGCAUUGCAUCGGGGCUAACAUGGCCAGCUAUGUAUGCCAUUGUAGGCCACUGGAUACCUGCUGUUGAGAGGAGUCGCUUCAUGUCUUCUUUCCAAGGGUUCAGCUUUGGCAUUGGAUUAACAUAUCCCCUAUGCGGAUUCAUCAUUGCCCACUUUGGAUGGAGAGCAGUGUUUUACACAACUGGAACUAUUGGGGCUCUGUGGUGUAUACUCUGGUGGCUGCUUGCUUUUGAUACUCCUGCAAAGCAUCCACGCAUUACUUCCUCAGAAAAACGUUACAUAGAGUCCAAUGUUGGAAAUACAGUUGUAGGUGACAAGGGCUUACCAGUACCAUGGAAAGCAAUUUUCACAUCAUUACCAGCAUGGUCUAUAGGAAUUACAACAUUCGGACGCAUAUGGGUUCAUUACACAUUCAUUAUUCCAGGACCACUCUAUAUGAAGACUGUUUUAGGUUUCAGCAUACAAAAGAAUGGUUUGCUCUCUGGCGCACCCUUCCUCUGCAGUUAUGUCUCGUCAGUAUUUUUCUGUUAUUUUGCUGAUGUUUUGGUUACUCGGAAGAUUCUUUCUUUGACAAAUGUUCGGAAGCUUUUCACUGCCAUGUCUCAGAUAAUUCCAGGACUACUUGUCCUUGCAAUUGGAUACUUAGGCUGUGAGAUAGUAUUGGUGCUGAUUGCUUGGUUUCUUGCUGUUACCCUUAUUACAGCAUCUUAUGCUGGUGCAAUGGCUAAUGUGGUAGAUAUUGCGCCAAAUCUUGCUGGACCAAUCCUAGCAUUUGCACAAACAAUUCACAUGACAGCCAGUUUUCUAUCGCCACUGGUUGCAGGUGCACUACUGCAAGAAAGUCCAACUUUGGAGAACUGGCGUCAUGUGUUUUGGGUGUCUGCAGUAGUGUCAUGUACGACAUACAUCAUGUUCCAGAUAUUUGGAACAGCUGAAAUACAGGCUUGGAACUAUCCUGAUCAGAAAUAUCCACUGACCCCUUCUGCAGAGGGCAGUGAUCAACUACUACCUUUAUCAAAAAAAGAAGAUUUGCAACAAAGGAGGAAUCAUGAUGCUGCUGAAGGCUGAUCAUCAGGGUCUACAUUUUUUUAUUGACCACAUGUGCUUUCUAUUUCUGUCUGACUGGCAGACAACAAACAAUUUAACUAACUUCCAAAAACUUAUACUGUUGCUCAUCUUUUGUCUGUGCUCGAGAUGCAUCAACAUUAUGGUUCCCAAGUUCCUCUUUGUUUUUCUUUGUGGAAAUAGUGAAUUAUGUUGGUGUAAGUCAGUAAUCUUGUAUUUCACAAAAACUCUUUGGCUUAACAUUUCUACAUAGUUCUUAUAGGUGUUAUGUGCAUACAUUACACAUGAUGUGUUCUGGUCAUUACGCAAUGGUACUUGCUUGAUAAAACAGAAAGAUAUUAAGUUAUCUGAGAGUGUGGAUAUAAGGAUUGGCUUGUAUUUCUUUUUUUUUUUUUUAAUAAUGGAGAUUGGAAACAGCAUGCAAGUCUUUGUGGGCAGAUGAAAAUGGAUAUGGGACAGUAAGAUAUAUAAAAUAGUAUGUUAAUUUAUUCCCCUAAUUGUCAUAAUUGCUAUCUAAAUAUGGAGCUUUUGUGUGUGUGUGUGUGUGUGUGUGUGUGUGUGUGUGAGAGAGAGAGAGAGAGAGAGAGAGAGAGAGAGAGAGAGAGAGAGAGAUAUCUGGCCAAUGGUCCUUCUUUACUGAUGCUGUUCACUUUGCAUUUCUUAAAGAGUUUAGAGACCAUGUUGAGUUUUUAUUAUUUUGUUUUCUAAUUAACUGUGGUGGUUAUCUUGAAAACUUUGUUACUUCAUUAACCAAAAUAAAUAAAAGAACUUCCAGAAGUAGUGAUGAUAAGUGCAGGAUGCAAUCAAAGAGAUUCACUAUUUUUGUGGCAGUAUAUUUGUGUAAUAGUAGUUUCUUUAUAGCAAAACCAGCUAACAGAAUGCUUCGAGCAUGGUUGGUUAUUUUAAACGUGGAAUAGUAUUGUACUGUAAGCACUAAAUUCCUUUCAAAGAAGUAGCUAGACUAUUAAACUUUUGUAUGCCCCAUCACAAUACUGUAUCAUGAAAAUUGUCAUUCCGGAUUACUGAGAAGUAUUAUUUUCAUUUGUGUCAGUGACAGAGUCUGAACAAACUGUAUGCAGUGUGUACUUACAACUAAUGAAAAGUGCCUAGAACUUAUGUGAUGAGAAAAAUAAGAUAAUAUUAUAAAGGAACUUUUGUGAUUGUUGUGUAGUUGCUGUCCAAGAUAAUUGUAAGUAAAUGAUAUCAUGUCAUUUUGAGUUGUGAGCUAAUGUAAAUUUAAACAAUGUAAUAAUGGGACUAUAGUAGAAUUACUUAAACACUGCAAGUUGAGUAUGCAUUAAGCAUGCAUAAAAAUGGUGCUAUUGUAGAAUACAUUGAACACUCCAUAUUGAUAUAUAAAAUAAAAUUGUAUAUAAUAAAUAUAAAUGUGAACAAUUACACAUAAUACUGGAUUCCCCAUGUGUGGUAAUUAACUGGUUUAAUUCUGAGCAAUGUCACAGCCUCUUGUUAUUUAUUCUGACGUUUUCAAACUGGUCAGCGAAAAUGGUCCCUCUUUAGCUGACAAGUAUUUUGUUGUCAGGGGCAGAACUAAAAUGUGUAAGUUAUCAAAAUGGUCUGCUUUUUGUGAGCUGUAAAAUUUUAGGAGACUGGUGACAUAUUUGCCACAGAAACCCUUCAUUUAACAGAGUUCAGUAUAAUGUAGUGUGGAACAGCUUGUAAUUUACAUGUAAGCCUUACAGAUAUAAUUUUUUUCAAAUUUUGACCAGCAUACUCUUGACUAAUGGUGGUGAUCAACCUAAGAGAUUAGUACUGAAUUUUAUUGAAUGCCAGAGGCCAGUUUGAAAAGUGGCAGACGACAGUAUCAAAUUAAUAACUGACAGAGCUGCCAUUCUAUAUUACUCAAACAUUGUGAUGCACAGAGUUCAAUGCUCAGUCUACAUGAUAACAGAAUUCUCAAAACAACUUUUUCUGUAAGUAUUUCAAAACACAUUGCAGCAAUUUGUUGCAAUUUCAGUGAACACAGUACUUAUUUUCUAGAUGUUGUCACUUCAGACACCUUCAAAGAGAUUUGUUAUACUGUUGCAGUUUCCAAGAUUACACCCAACACUUAAGCAAUUCACUCCUUUCUGUGGAUGGUCACUGUGUUUACAAAUGUAGUAACUUAGUCCCAAAACACAAUGGAUUUUAAUUGCAUAAUAUUUAUUCUUAUUUGCAGCAGAUCGUUAGAAAAUUAGAUUUAAAUUUCACAAAGUUAUUAUAAUUUAACUUCUGUGUUCUACUGCCUAACAGCAAAUAUUGGGAAAUAAAAUACAAAAACAAAAUUUAAAGCAUUAUUUGACUGAUAUACUCAUCAGUAUUGACAUUAUGCACCAGGUUCAACAAAGAUGUUGCUAUGGUAUAAAAUAGCUCUUGCAGAUGCCUCUGUGUAGAAGCGCAAUCCUUUCAGAUAAAAUUUGUCAGUCAGUUUCUGUUUAAAAAUACUAAAUUUGUAAUGUGCAAAAUGAAUAUCAUUAUGACAAAAUUGUAUUUAAAAAGUCACAAAUUGUACUGUGUUAAUGUAACUAAUUGUAAAUCCUUCAUGGUAUUAGUCUUAAAAUUUGUAUUUUUAAUGUUCUUAAGUUUGUCCAAGUUUUGUUUUUUGGGUUACAUUGUCUUUCAAGGACAACAGGUUGUGUAAAAGUACAAAGUAUAUUGAUGUUAAUAAUUAUAUUUUGGAAUGCAGAAGAAGAGAUAAGUAAAAAGAGAGAAGAAAUUCUGCGAACUGCAAGUAUCUGUUGCCCCAGUAUAAAAAGACACAAGUUCUUUUAUACAGGAGUAGUUGUUCCUAGCCUAUCAUCCAGUUAUUUUAUGGAGCACAAAAAGUUUACAUGUAUAUCUUUCAUAAAUGAAUGCAAGAAGAGUGACAAUAAACCCUAGAUGUGUGUCAGAACAACAAGACAGGUCCC